UCGAAAAUGGCAGGAAGUGCAGAGGUAGACUGGUCAUCUUGUGUAAAACCUCUGCUACCUGCGUCUAAUUCAAGUUUUAUCCCAGCUGAAAUACCAGAUGUAGUAGAAUUCAUUCUAAAGAGUUUCAGUGAUUCCCAGCUGUUGACACACGAUGAAGAAUAUGAAGGUUUCUAUUCUUCCUAUGUGGCCCUUGCAUGCCACUAUCUCAGUGCCAAUGCUGGGGAAAUCCCAAAGAGCAACCUCUCCAGCACCCUGACAGCCUGCAAGAUCCUGCUGAAUUUCUUGUUGUCAAGACUGCAGGACAGAAAUGAGAACUGCACCAUAUCACAGAAGUACCUGAUGAUCCUGAUAUCUGGGCUGUGCAAGGGGACGGCCAGUUUGCCCAAAUCUGACCUCUUGACCUUUACAGCCAUGUUGAAGUCGGCCAAGCUGCCACCGCACAUCAGGCCGGAGGACAAAGAGGGAACAGAAGAGGUUGCUGCCUCGUCACAAGUUGAGUUGAAGCGCCCCAGACUGGACACUGGGGUGAACAUCUUUGACCAUCUGACCUCAGUAUUUGAUGACACUGGACAGAUAGGACAGGGCCAAGGUCCAGUGGAGAGUAUGACCAGUGAUGGCGACAUGACCAUCUCUCACAUCCCAGAUCCUACUGAGGACACCAGAAAGAUCUUUGCAGCCAAGAACUGUAUCGCCCUACAGCAGUUACACGGAGGGCCAAUCCUGGUAGAAGCCUGCACCAAGCUGGUCUACGUUGCCAGAUACAGGCUGAGGUACGAGGAUGCCAUUGGAGGGACUCACAAAGGAUUUGUGUUCCCUGGACUUGUCAGCGAGGCCAACUCUGUGAAAUUGGCCCUUCAGUCUCUGUCCAAUGACCUGUCCUUCAUCCUUCGGGCCUUCUCCCUGCCCAUACUGGAGCCACUGACCACUGACCGACUGGACAGCAUAGUGAAAGUGGUCAUGACAUGCCUGUAUACUGCACUAACCGUGGCUGCAGCUGGGAGCAUCAUGAAUUUAGCUGCCUCUGCCCAAGUGAAAGGUGCCACUGCCACCAAGGAAGAAGACUUUGACACAUACGCAGUGGGCAUUGUCCAGAAAAGUCUGGAAGUGUUUAACACCGUGCUGACAACCAUUCAAUCCUCUACAAGGGCAGGUGGACAUACCCUACAAAACUACAAAAUGACAGCAGCGUGGUUGAUACUCCAUGGUCUCCAGCACAUUCUCCAUAUCUCUCCCAGUAGCAUACUGGACAAACCCAAGGAGAAGGAAGUGUCUAAAACAAAGACUGAGGGCACAGCUAAACCAAAAGAGGGCAGCACUGGCAAGCCAGCUGUGCCUAAAAGUCAGCAUGGGUUUGGUGUCCUAGCUGUAGCCCUGGCCUCACAAGCCAUGCAGUUGAUGGCGGCUCUCAUGGAGGAUCUUAGCAUGGAGACUGCAACAUUCACUUCACCCAUGUCUGCCUAUCCUGGGGAGACUGUUGUCCAGAUUCAGGGCUCUUUGACUGCCUGGCAGAGAGUAGAAAGGAUAACCAGCAGCGUCCGACUCACUGGAUUGCUCUUUAACAUACUGAAUGUGGCUUACAAAAAGGGUUUCAACAUUAAGUGCAAGAAAAGUAGCAGCACCUUUCCAUAUGUUAGGGCAUCCCUGUUGAAGAAGCAGAGGCAAGGCAACAGUGAGUCGGACUGCGACAAUAACGACAGUGACAGCACCAGCUCCGACUCCAACACGUACUAUGAGGAUGACUUCAGCUGCACUGAGGACAGUAGCAGCAGCAGUGAGGAAGAAGAUGAUGACUCAGAGCCCAUCCUUGGUCUGAGCCACUGGUUUGACGAAACCCCCUCCCCCUCGGACUCCAGCAGUAAUCUGCCGCCACCUCCUCCACCCCCUGUGUUGGAGAGCUCGGCCAGCAAUGCCAGUAAACUGGGGAACAAGAUAGCUGGGGAGUGGAAGAAUUUUAUCCCUGACAAGAAAGAGCCUGAUGGGUAUAUCAACCUGGCCACAGAAGUUCUGCAGUUCCUUACCCAGCAUUUCUUAUCCUCUCACUGUGAGGAAGUCACUGCUUAUAUCAAGAGUACCAUGGGGGACCACCAGAUGUCGCUGUUGGCAUUUGUUAUCAAAGAGCUGGACAGGGACUGCAGCAGGCAGGAAAAUGACCUGUUUGUAGAAUUUUCGACAGCUUUGGCCAGGUUUCUGCACAUACUGAUAGCUUCUGAGAUACUCUCGUUCCAGUUACAGUUCACCUUGCUCCAGCAUCUGGGUAUAGGCACCAUGGUUUCUGAUCCCUGGCCCAUGACAGUCUACCCGCGGAGCUUGGCUGUGCUGGUGGAAUUGAUCCUCCUAAGACAGAAGAGGGAGAGGGAGGCGGGCUGCAUCAAGAGUAAGAGUGAAGCCGCAGUGAUCAAUAUCUGGACCCGCUUCUUGCAGAGCCUGAAGAAUGCCAUCUUGAAUUUUGACAAUGAUUGUGAGAAAUUAGAAGAUAUCAAUGUGGAGCACCUGCAAGUGCUGUUGUUUUUGUUCCACGGGCUGCCACUGAUGCAGAAGAAGACCAUCCUGAUAUUACUAGGACAUACUAUCAUCAGUGUGGCACACAUUGACAAGUGGAAACUAGAAGAAAUGGUUCCUCUGCCCUUGUCCAGACUGAUGCUGAUCUUUGACUAUAUGCUCCAUUACUUCUAUGACCCUCCUGCCUCUCUCAUGGACCAGGUCCAGCACAACCUGUUUGUAUCCCACACCAGGUCAGACAGCAGUGUGGCUGUCACCUCAGAGAAGGAGUAUGUGGCAUUUAAAGAAGUGGAAGACAACUACCUGAAACAAGCCUCAGCACAAGAGAUGACCAUGAAGCCGAGGUUCUACAACCUGGCAGCCACUGGCUAUAACAACCAGGACACGCCCAAAGUGGACGGACUGGCAUGCAGUUUUCUCCUAGGAGCAGCAGAAGAUGUCCUGAACUACAGCGUCCUCUAUGAUGCCUGUGUGACAUUAUUGUUUGCAGGAUCUAAGUGGGACAAAGUGUCUGCUGGGGUAGGAACUGUAUUGGAGGCGUCUGCCAUCCACUACCACUUCCUGAUCUGCUGGAGGCUUCUGGGAUGUCUGCCUCCCUCCGCGCAGUACAUGCACAGUCUAGAGGAAGGCAUGACAGAAGAUUACGACGCACCUCACAUGUUACACACAAUGCGCUGGGCGCCACGCAUGAUGCAUAAAAACUUUGCAGGAUGGACCAAGGACUCACUGGUCAAGCAGGGAAUGACCACCCAGAAAGCUGAGGCCCUGGUCUCCAGCGUGGUCAAUACUACCAAUAAUGUCAACUUCGAUGUGAGCACUGCACUGCAGCACAUGCAAAACGAGCUGUCUAACACGCCAGUAAUGGACAGGUCCACCAUAGUGUCCAUAUCAGACAUCCCCAGUCUGAGCUCCAUCUACAUGCUGGACACUGUGGUCGCCAAGGCACAUGUGGCACUGGAUGAACUCUUCACUAAGUCUAUGGCGGAGACAGAUCCCAGGAAGUGUAUGGAGGUAGGGUUGGGAUUGCUGCCUGCAGUGUUUCAGCUGAUAGAGGCUUACACUGUGUACAUUAGGUCGUCCCUCCUGCAUCAGAUCAAGGAGGGUGGCGAGGACUCCAGCAGGUGUCAUGGAGCACUGAGAGCCUAUGGGGCUGUCCUUAGUAUUGGCUCCACUAGGGCCAGUAAGGUGUCUGUCCUGGGGGCUGCCACCAUGGCCUACCUGCCUGAACCUGUCAGAAAUGUCAUUGAGAAGUGGAACAGCAGUACAGCUAAUGAGUUUCCUGCUAUCAGCUCAUGGAGAAAUGCCUUUGCCAAUGACAUUAUCCCAUCAGAGAGUUACAUUGAAGCUAUACAGUUUGCCCAUGUGGGAACUUUAUCAGGCCAGGCAGAGUUUGAAGUGAACAUGUCACUGAAGCACAUGUUACAAGCUUUAGUCAGGUUCUGCCAGGACUUGGUGGUAUGGUGCAUUGACUCAAGCUUCAAUGAAGACCUGAUAAGAGUAAUGUUCCCUCUCAUCUUUGACAGCACCACAGAAUAUUUGGCUGAUUAUGUGACUCUGGCCUUGGAGAGGGUGAUAGGUCCUGUGGAUGGGGAGGAGUAUACCAGCAGAAUGUACCUGUAUAUCUUACAGAAGUGUUAUACUCUGUUACUGGACAUGUCAGGACCAGAAUGUGGUCUUGAUGAGAAGAUUUUCCAUGACUGCUUGAAGUUCAUGGAGAUGCACAUAGAAAAACCACUGGGAAAGAAAGCCUUUCAGACCUUCUUUACUGAUACUGGAGAUUUGACCAAAGUCCUGCUGUCUGCCUCCAGAGAAAACAUGUCCCCUACCUACAGCACUAAGGUGUUGAAGUUCUUCAACAAACUUUUCCAACUUGCUGAGAAAAACCCACAAGACAAGUGUUUUGAAGUUCUCUGCUCCUCCCUGAAGAAACUGGCCAGGUUGGACAUGAACACCCUGCAGGCAUGGCUAAAGAAAAUGAUCAUGGGCUCUCCACAAAACCUAGAAGACACAGCUGGGGUGAGCGAGAACCGCCAUCUUCUUCAAAGCCUCACAUCGUACAUCGUAAAAGAGAACAGCCAUGUUGGUGAGGAGGUGGCCAAGGCCAUUCUAAAUGCUCUCAUUCCCAUGGGCUCUCAGCUCCUCUCUCCAUCCUCAGACGGGAUGGGUUUCUCUGAGCUGAUGGUUGUCAUGGCAACCCUGGCAGGAGCUGGCAGCGGAGUUGGUCACACUACACUGUUCAAGGCAGCCACAGCAUGGCUGGAGCUGUGCAAAGCCUACUUGACUGAGAAGAAUGUAAUAGAGAAGCUGACAGAAAGUGUGGCAUCUGGAAAUCACCAGGUUAUGAUGGAGAGCGCCACCUAUCUUCUGAAGUACAUAGGAGACAUUCUGAGUGCACUGAAACAGUCCUCUGACAAAAGUGGCUCUGCCUCCCCACAUUACUAUGGCGACACUGGCGUCCAGGAGGCAGACAGUGACUGGACGGAGGAUAUAGCACAGGAAGAGGAAGACUCUGGGGGUGAGGACUCCGACGAGGAAUCACUGAACAACAAACUGUGUACUUUUACCAUUACCCAGAAGGAAUUCAUGAACCAGCAUUGGUACCACUGUCACACUUGCAAGAUGGUAGAUGGCGUUGGUGUCUGCACUAUAUGUGCCAAGGUGUGCCACAAGGACCAUGAAUUGACCUACGCCAAGUUUGGCUCCUUUUUCUGUGACUGUGGAGCAAAAGAAGAUGGUAGCUGUAAGGCCAUGGUGAAGAGGGUAUCUUCCAGUGACCUAGAUGGCAGCACCCUCGCCACCACCCCCUCCCCUUUCAGUAUGGAGGCCAUGCUCCCCAGCUCACUGCGCCAGCGCUACUCCUCCCCCGACACUGGAGACAAGGACAGAGAUAAAGACAGAGACUCAGCAAAGAUAUCCAAAGCUAGAGAAGUGCUCUGCAAACAAGUGGAGGCCCAAAGGGAGGUCUUGCUGUCUCAUGUUGAAUCAUCUGGAACUGCCAGUACUGUGCUAGAACUGCUCCAGGCCAUGACAGUCCCCAUCCAAGGUCACUACACCCGAGUGUCUCCAGUAGGGAGCGCAGCCAGGGCACGCAAGGCUCUGGAGGAACUACACUCACUGACCAAGACAGUGGAAACCACUGACCAACUCAUGACUGCCACCCUGGGCUCACAAGAGGGCGCUUUUGAGAAUGUCAAGAUAAACUACAGUGGAGAGCAGGGCCAGCAGAUACGGCAGCUGAUCACAUUUUCUCUAGUGCGCCGUAUCGCCAUGUGCUGCAUGACAUCUGUGCACGGCAAGAGACAGCACCUUGCGGUGUGCCAUGAGAAGGGCAAGAUCACCAUACUGCAGCUGUCUACCCUGUUGAAGCAGGCGGAUUCUAGCAAGAGGAAGCUGACUCUCACUAGACUAGCCUCGGCACCUAUACCAUUCACUGUGCUUUCAAUUGCUGGGAACCCGUGUAAUGAAGAUUUUUUGGCAGUUUGUGGAUUAAAGGACUGCCACAUCUUGACGUUCACCAGCUCAGGGUCAGUAGCUGACCACCUGGUCCUCCACCCUCAGCUGGAGACUGGAAACUUCAUCAUCAAAGCUCUCUGGCUGCCAGGCUCUCAGACUGAACUGGCUGUGGUCACUGCAGACUUUGUCAAGAUUUACGACCUGGCUGUUGACGCUCUCAGUCCCCAGUACUACUAUCUCCUGCCCAGUGGGAAGAUUCGAGAUGCUACCUUCAUGUUCAGCGAGGACAGUCGCAGUCUGGUGCUGAUGUCGUCUGCUGGAUACGUCUACACUCAGGUCAUGGAUGAGGCCAGUAGUGCCAAGCAUGGACCUUUUUACAUCACUAAUGUCUUGGAAAUCAAACAUGCUGACUUAAAGGAGCACCAGGGCCAGAUAGCAGGAGGUGGGGCUUCCAUCUACUACUCACACCCCCUCCAGCUGUUAUUCUUCAGCUACUCACAAGGGAAGACAUUUGCUGCACCGCUACCCAAGGAUGCCACAGAACUACCCAUCCUCUUCCCUAUCACCUUUAAAAGCAGUUCCAAUGGCGGCAGCAACGGGCAGGGCAGCGGAGGCAGUGGUGGAGCCAGUGGCGGAGGAGGAGGAGGAAAGAGUAACUUCUCCCAGCCCUUAGUCCAGUGGUCUGAGGUACCUGGCCACCCGGGCCUAGUGUGCUGUAUGACCCAGGUCAGCAACCACCCGGUCAUCCUGAUGGUCAAACCUGAUGUGAUUUUGCUGCAGGAGAUCAAGGUGCUGCCAUCUAAGGCCAAGAUCCAGGACAUGGUCGCCAUCCGCCAUGCCUCCUCCAGCUCAGACCAGCAGAGGACCACCCUGAUCCUCCUGUGUGAGGAUGGCAGUCUGAGGAUCUACAUGGCCAAUGUGGACCAGACUGGGUUCUGGAUGUCCCCCUCUAUGGUGCCCCAGUCUGUGCUGACCACACUGAAACCUGCCAAGAAGAAGAAGGUCACUAAGACAGGUCGUCCAACAGGCAAUGUAUCCUUCCCAGUGGACUUCUUUGAGCACUGCCAGGAGUGCAAGGAUGUUGAGUUUGGUGGCAAUGACAUUCUACAGGUGUAUAAUGCACAGCAGGUGAAACACAGACUGAACACCAGCGGCAUGUAUAUUGCCAGUACUAAGAAUGGAGGAUUCAGUAUUGAGAUCACCAACACAAACACCAACAAUGUGAUGGUAUCUCUCAGAGUACUGGUGGGGAGCCAGGCUUUGGAGAUGGCCCCCUCACACCUAGAAAUCUUUGGACGUACUACCCAGGUCAAUAUAAGUAGAGCAAGGUGGUUUGAUUUGGCAUUCACUAGGGAGGAAAGUCUUACUGCUGAGAAGAAGAUGACUCUAUUUAUUGGUCCCAGUGUUGACCCAGCAGGUGUCACCAUGAUAGACUCCAUCAAGGUCUACGUGAAGACCAAGGAGGCCUUUGGCUGGCCAGAGGACACUGAGGAGUUUGCUGAGGCUGUCCCGGCUGCUGCCAAGGUAGCAGUGCCCUCUAGUGGAGUGAGCAGUAUUCAGGCCACAGAGGAGCCAGUGCUGCCACCUAUACCUCUGACAUGUACAGACAGACUGGUCGCCAGUUCCCUGGAAGUUCUAGAUGGUUGUUUUGCCACAGCCAGUUCCGAGGAGAAGGAGAAGGAGAGACAGGGGGCCCUGGACCUAGCCACCACUCUGCUUACCCUGCCCACCCCCGUCACUGUGACCCAGCACACUAAGUCACUGAUGGCCACCCUGUUCAGCAGCAAAGUGGCGUACCAUAACCACAAGGACCAGGCUCAGCUAUCCCAGGUGAUGCACUGUUUGACUGCGGCCACCAAGGACCUGGAUGCUGAGGCUUACUCCAGACUGGUGGUGACCGCCAGGGCUCUGGCCAUCUCACGGCCCAGUAACCUGGUCAGAUAUGCUGACAAGGAGGGCAGUACUUUGGUGGGAGAAUCGGCUCUGGAAGUGACCGACCUUGAAUCAGAUGACCACACAGAAACCUUGACCAGAAGCAUGGAGCUGGACGUGUCCGAGUCUGGCCAUUUUGUUGUCCAGCUGGUGGACGCCUUCUGGAAGCUUCACGCAGCAAGACCCCGUAAUCCUAUCCUGGCACCAGUUUGUGCCCCAGGCUUGGUGCACACUGAGGCCACAGUGGCAGCCCUGGUGGAGAUCAUCCACGCCUUCACCUCGUGUGACCUGGACAAUGUGAACCUGGCGGCCAAGUUGUACGUCAGGAUGCUGAUGUGUGAUGAUCCAGGAGUGAGUUUCUACUGCAAGCUGGCCAUGAUUAGAAUGCUGAGACCAAGACACAAGCGGAAGAGAGUCUUCAUUCCUUCCCCUCCAAGGUGCAGCACUCCUGGUGUUAAAGAGGAAGAAGAGGACAAAACUGAGCGAGAACUUCCCCGCCAGCCUCCUGCUGCACCCAGGUCUGCCCAGCCUGUCCAGAUAGCUGCCCCAGAACUGGAGGAGGAUGAGGAGGAUAGGGAUGAGGAUCAGUAUGAAGUGGUGGAACAUCCAGAACCCAUGAUACUGGAGCCCCCUGAAGCUGGCAUACCAGGAGGGCCGUCACUGGAGGCCAUCCUUGGGGCCCAUAUGGGGGCCCACAUGGGGGGCAUGAACUACCCUCCUGUGCUGGACAUCCCCCCUGAUGCUGAUGAUGAGGCCAUGGUGGAACUGGCCAUCGCUCUUAGUCUCCAGGAACAGGGUCAGCAGGGCGGUCUGAGUCUACAGGGGCUGAGCUUGGGAGCACAGAGACAAGGUACUGACCACAGCAGCCAUUAUUCAGACACGACGGCAUCAGCACCGGCCAGUGACGAUGAGGCAGGCAGUACAGCGGCCACAGAGGGGUCAACUCUCAGGACAUCCCCAGCAGAACAGGGAGGGUCGGAGAGUGGAGGGAGCGCAAGUGGAUCUGUGUCUGGAGAACAGAAUGGUUUCACUGUUCCAGUGAGUGGUCGUAGCAGUGCCUAUGGUGAUGGCGGUCAGGAGAGGGACACGGCAGGGGGACCGCGCAGUGAGACCAGCAGUAUUGGCUUACCCUCGGGAUCCAUGAGAUAUGAGGUUGACAUCUGUGAGCCGGAUAUAGACAAUGACACUAGCCACAGAUUGCACCACCUGCGUCUAAUGCUGCUAGAAAAGAUGAUAGGAUAUAUCACAGAGUUGAGGAACAUUGGUGGAGUGAGAGCCAUACCUUUUAUGCAGGUGCUCCUGAUGUUGACCUCUGACCUGGACAGUGAGGAGGAGAGGGACAAGGCAGUACUGGACAGCCUGCUCACAGCUCUGCUCAAACAGAUGGAUUUCAAGAAUGUCCAGGAGGUUGUGACCAGAACAAAUGUGAACGAGGUUCAGCUGAUAAUUCUCCGCCUUCUCAGUGUGUUCAUGUCCAGAACACGGGCAGGCAUGAAGCCCUCUGGGGAGCCACCAACUCUGAUUAGUUCCAGCACAGCAGGUGCCCUGCUGCAUUGUGGUUCUGUGGAUUACUGCCUCAACACACUGAAGAGUUUGCACUCCUACUGGAAGCAACUGCCUCCUGAUGAGGACACUGCCUCAGUACCAGGACAACUGUUGAAAAGUCACCCCACCACCCCGCCACCUGACAUGUCCCCCUUCUUCCUACGACAGUAUGUGAAGGGGCACGCAAACGACGUAUUUGAGGCCUACCCCCAGCUCUUGACAGAGAUGGUCCUCAGACUGCCGUAUCAGAUCAAGAAGAUAGCGGAUGCCAGCCCUAGCUUGGCGUCACCCUCAUUUGACCAGGUUUGGUUUCAGACGCUGUCGGAGUACAUGAUGACACAGCAGACGCCAUUUGUGAAGAGACAAGUGAGAAAGCUCCUUCUGUUCAUCUGCGGGUCCAAAGAGAAAUACCGUCAGCUGCGGGACAUGCAUGCUUUGGAUGCCUACAUGAAGGAAGUGAGGAACAUAUGUGAGAAAUAUGGCAUGAAUGUCACCAAGCCAAGCACUCACCCUAUUGUCAUACCAUAUGACACACUGAUAACACUGAUUGAACAGCUGAAGUCCUGUGCAGAGAUUGCCACCACCAGGACUGCCAACUGGCAAAAGUUCUGCCACAAGGAGGACACCAUCUUGUCCUUCCUGAUCCAGGCUAGUAUCUGCCUGAGUGAUGGGGUGGCGCCAGUGUUGCUGCAGCUGCUGCAGUGUGCCCUCUGUGGUACCAAGAUAAGCCAGCUCCAAGCCCCACCAGCAGGAGCCUCUGCCAAAGCUAAGAAGGAAAAAGAGAAGUCAGAAGAGGGAGAAGAAGCGCCACCAAAACAUGAUGAAGGCCUCAGCAUUAUCUUAGUUCAACAAGUCAACAAGUUUGUAGAUCGUGAACUCUUGAUUCAGUUUAUGAGAGCUUUCCUUCUGGAGUCCAACUCCACAGCUGUGCGCUGGCAGGCUCACGCCUUGGUACUGCACAUUUACAGGAAUUCCUCCCUGAGCCAGCAGGAGGCGUUGCUGUGUCUCAUGUGGAAUAUAUGGCCAGAGCUGCCCUCGUAUGGCAGGAAAACUGCCCAAUUUGUGGACCUCCUGGGCUACUUUGUCCUCAAGACCCCACAGGGCUCAGACCGGAGGUGUAAAGAGUUUGUAGAGAAAGCCGUGGAUGUGUUGAGAGGACAGAACCAGAUCCUGGCCAACCAUCCCAAUGCCAGCAUAUACAAUAUGCUGCAGGGGCUGGUGGAAUUUGAUGGCUACUACCUGGAGAGCGACCCUUGUCUGGUGUGUAACAACCCUGAGGUCCCAUAUAAUAAUCUGAAGCUUGCUGCCAUCAAGGUGGACUCCAAGUUCACCACCACCACUCAGAUAGUGAAACUAGUGGGAAGUCACACCAUCUCCAAGAUAUCACUGAAGAUAACCGACCUGAAGAGAACCAAGAUGGUCCGUACCUUGAAUAUCUACUACAACAACAGAUCAGUUCAGGGGAUUGUGGAGCUGAAAAAUAGGUCUGAUUUGUGGCACAGAGCCAAGAGAGUGACUCUUACUGCAGGACAGACUGAAGCCAAGAUUGAGUUCCCUUUGCCCAUCGUUGCUUGCAACCUAAUGCUGGAGUAUGCCGACUUCUAUGACAACUUCCAGGCCUCGGUGGAGACCCUGCAGUGUCCCCGCUGUAGUGUAUCUGUACCAGCCAACCCUGGGGUCUGUGGAAACUGUGGAGAGAACGUCUACCAGUGCCACAAGUGCAGGGCCAUAAACUAUGAUGAAAAGGACCCAUUCUUGUGUAACUCCUGUGGCUUCUGCAAGUAUGCCAAGUUUGACUUCACCAUGUACGCCAAGCCUUGCUGUGCCGUGGACCCCAUUGAGAAUGAGGAGGACAGGAAGAAGGCCAUCCAGACCAUCAAUAACCUGCUGGAGAAGGCGGACCGUGUGUACAAGCAGCUCCAAAUGAACAGACCCACCCUGGAGACACAGCUGAUCAGGAUUACUGAACAUGGCGGAGACAGGCUACUGGAGGAGGUAGCUGUAACUACAGGGACAGCAGCAGGCUCUAGUGUCAACAGAUGUAUACAGCAGUUGGCACAGAAGUACUGCGGGGACUGCAAGUCCUCCUUUGAUGAGCUGAGCAAGAUAAUACAGAAAGUGUUGGCAUCACGUAAAGAGCUGGUAGAAUAUGACAGGCAGCAAAAAGAGGCUGCCACUGUUGCCCUGGCGCAGACUGGACUGGGGUCACAUGAUGAAGAUGGCGCCCCCUGUGAGCCUGUGAUGAGACAAAGUCUGCGGCUGAUGGCGUCCGGCCAGUGUUAUGGAUGUUCCAGUUCUGCUGUGGAGCACUGCGUUACUCUGCUUAGAGCCCUCAGCACCAACCCACAACUCAGGCAGAUACUGUGUGAAGAGGGCCUGAUCAAGGAGUUGGUGAACUACAACCUGCGCCGGGGCUCCCUCCUGAUGAGAAAUGAUGUCCGUCAGCUGGUCUGUCUGCUGACCAAGGACAACCCCGAAGCCACGGACAACCUGAAUAACAUCCUCUGUGGAAGAAUUAUGUCUGCUAUGAAGAAUUACCUGCCCAAUAUGGACCUGGGAUCUCUGGUCCGCCAUGAGAUCAUGUUGCUGGCAAACACCAUCCAGAAAGAAGACAAAUGCUGGGAGCAGAGGAUUAGUGCUGUGUUGAAACUGUUUCUGCUGGGGAUGGAGAUUAAGAACCCCACUGUGAUGGAGAAUGUCACCCUGCCCUGCCUGAAGAUACUACAGUCUCUGAUCAAACCUGAACCUCCCACAUCCAAGAAAAACAAGGAUAAGAGCAUGGAGGCCCUGAGCAGUGUCCGUACUGAUAUCCCAGGGUUGAGAGCACAUGCCCGGGGGUGGCUGGAGGGAGAACAGGCCUGCUCUUACACUGCCUGGAAACAAGGACAGCCUGCCAAAG